GAAAAGUCCCCGAGGUGUGCUAGCUUGCCCCACAGCUUACGGUGUUUCUCCAGGGACACAGUCAUUUAAAGAUUGAGACCAAAACUUGAAGAAUGGCUGACCUCAAGCAGCUCAUGGACAAUGAGGUGUUUAUGGCCUUCUCCUCCUAUGCAACGAUCGUUCUUAUAAAGAUGAUGUUCAUGAGUACGGCAACUGCGUUUCAGAGGUUGACCAACAAGUUUUUUGCCAACCCAGAAGACUGUGCUAGCUUUGGCAAGGGAGAGAAUGCCAAGAAGUACCUUCAGACUGAGGAAAAGAUGGAACUGGUGAGGACCCACCUGAACGAUAUUGAAAACAUCGUUCCCUUUCUUGGUAUUGGCCUCCUGUACUCCCUGAGUGGCCCAGAUCUCUCGACAGCCCUCCUGCACUUCAGAAUCUUCGUCGGUACUCAGAUCUACCACACGAUUGCCUACUUGACUCCCCUUCCUCAGCUGAACAGGGCUUUGGCAUUUUUUGGUGGCUUUGGAGUCACUCUGUCAAUGGCUUACAGGCUACUCAAGAGUAGGCUGUACCUGUAA